AUGUCUGUCCAGGACAGCGCCAGAUUUGACUUCAUUGUUGUUGGCGGUGGUACGGCCGGCAACGUCGUCGCCGGCCGACUGGCUGAGAGCCCCGAGGUUAGCAUCCUAGUCGUUGAGGCUGGUGUUGCCAACUCCAAGGACCUUGAGGAAAUCCGUACCCCGUCCAACGCCAUGGAGCUGCGUGGUAGCCAGUAUGACUGGGCCUACAAAACCACCAUAGUCAAGCGCGACGAUUACGAGAGAGUUGAGAAACCCAACACUCGUGGUAAGGCCCUCGGGGGCAGUUCGUGCCUCAAUUACUUCUCUUGGGUUCCUGGAUCCAAGGGGACCUUCGACAUGUGGGAGGAGUACGGAGGAACGGAGUGGACCUGGGAUAUGCUGGUGCCGUACCUGCGCAAGAGUGCCACAUACUACGACGAUGACAAGGUAUACUCGCCAGACCUGAUAAAGAUCGGGACAGGCGGGCCUAUCCCCAUUGCGCACUCGGAAUUGAUUCCUGAAAUGCAGCCGUUCCGGGAUCUCCUCACCAGGGCAUGGAAAUCCACCGGCCAGCCGAUCACCGAGAACAUCUUCGACGGCGAAAUGAUUGGCCUUACCUACAGCGUCAACUCGAUCUACAAGGGCCGCCGGUCAGGCAGUUUCCUCUGCGUCGCCGAUAAACCAAACAUCACCAUUCUGUCCCAGGCGCACUCCAAGAACCUCAUUGUCGACGCCGGAGACAAAACAUGCAAGGGUGUGACCGUCAUCACAUCCUCUGGCCAGGAACUCAACCUCUUUGCCACCCGCGAAGUCGUCGUCUCCCAGGGGGUUUUUGAGACCCCCAAACUGCUCAUGCUCAGCGGCAUCGGUCCCGCUGACGAGCUCUCCAGGCACAACAUCCCAGUGAUUCUGGAUUCUCCCCACGUCGGCCAGCACCUCCUCGACCACCCCGGGGUUCCGUUUGUCCUGCGCGUGAAAGACGGCUUCGGCAUGGAUGACUACGUCCUCCGUCAUGGCACCCCACAGAACAAGCAAGCCAUCCAGGCCUACCAGGACCAGCACCGCGGCCCGCUCGGCUCCGGCUUCCUCGAGAUGAUCGGCUUCCCCCGGAUCGACAGCUACCUAGAGAAGUCUCCCGAGUACCGGAAAGCGAAGGCAUCCAACGACAACAAGGACCCGUUCUGCCCGUACGGCCAGCCCCAUUUCGAGCUCGACUUUGUGUGCCUCUUCGGCAGUGCCUUCCAAUGGCAUUAUCCUACGCCGAGAAAAGGCAGCUAUAUUACUGUCAUGGUCGACCUGGUCCGCCCGGUCUCGGAGCCGGGUGAGGUCACCCUGAACAGUGCAGACCCCCUGCAACAGCCCAACAUCAACCUGAACUACUUCAACAAUGAUCUCGACAUCAUCGCCCUCCGGGAGGGUAUCCGCUUCGCGUAUGAUGUGCUGAAGAACGGCGACGGCUUCAGAGAUAUCUUUGUUGACGAAUACCCGUGGGAGAUGCCUCUCCACGAUGACAAGCUGAUGAAGCAAGCCGUCCUGGACCGGUCGCAGACCUCGUUCCACCCGUGUGGUACGGCUCGUCUUUCAAAGCAUAUCGGGCAGGGAGUCGUGGACCCCGGUCUCAAGGUGCAUGGAAUCAAGAAUCUGCGGGUGAUUGACGCGUCUGUCAUCCCUGUGAUUCCCGAUUGUCGGAUCCAAAACUCGGUGUACAUGGUUGGUGAGAAGGGUGCUGAUGCCAUCAAAUGUGACCACAAAGACUUGUAUUAG